GUUGUGUCGUGUUCCGUUUCAACGCAGUUUCCUCGAAAGUGCUGUCAUAAUAUUACCGGAGGCAAGUACCCUAAACACCGGCUGAGAAGGUGUGCCCAGCUGAUAGAAGAUCGAGUGCAAUUAAUCUUUAAAUGAAAACAAAACAGUCUGGCAUACAUAUCGUUUAAAUUCUUUAGGUCACGAUGUCCCUGCUUCACUCUUUAAUAAAGAUCACACGGGUAGUUCAUGCUAGAACUCCAUAUGGUUACAAGGUGCUCCAAAUCCCAUGGGCAACCAUGACAUCCACUGCCGAUCAGAUCGUCGGAGUGCUGGAUUCAACAUUCAUAGCCCAGGAUACCGGUGUCCAUAUUCAAGAGGCCAAGUGUAAGUCUUUCAUCAGCUUUUACAGGAAUCUAAAUGCUCAAGGAGACAGAAGCAUGUUUUUGAGACUGAUGGCUGAACGAUAUGGAAUAAACCACGACUAUGUGAUGCAGUUGUCUAGGAACCUCCCGGCGGCUCAGGACCGCAGUGAAGCGAUGUUGUUGAAAACGGAGGAGAGGUUGCGAAGUGCUCUGAUGCCACGGUAUCAACAGUUGUUUGGUCAGAUUGGCAAGGUGGACAGCGGGGUCAAAUUUCUGGUGGACAUGAGAGUGGAUGUGCUGAACUCUAUGUCGACCUGCACCAAUGAAGUAGACAUGGCGUACUAUCAGUCUCUGAACCUGUCCCUCAAGGAGCUGCUGGUGUUGUGGUUCUCCGUGGGUCUUCUCAACCUCCAGCGGGUCACGUGGGAGUCACCUUGUGACAUGGUCCAGAAGAUAACAGACUACGAGGCCGUCCACCCUGUAAGGAGCUGGACAGAUGUCAAGCGGCGAGUUGGACCAUACCGACGGUGCUACGUCUUCACCCACAACAGCAUGCCUAGGGAACCUGUCGUUGUGCUCCAUACAGCCCUUACAGACAACAUCUCAUCAUCAAUACAUUCCAUCAUCCAGUCUCCGGGGUUCCGAGGCAGCACCAGCUCUUCCCCUGAGGUGCCUCAUCCCGAGGUCCUAGAGUCUCCCACAGAACAUGAAGCCGAGGACCCUGCCAAAAUAACCACCGCCGUCUUCUACUCCAUCACGUCCACACAGAAAGGUCUCCAGAGUGUUGAUCUCGGAAACUACUUGAUAAAAGAGCUACUGAAAGAGCUCCAGGUCUAAUACCCACAAAUAAACAAAUUCUCCAGUAUGUCUCCUGUUCCAGGCUUCAGAGUGUGGCUGAUAGGGGAGAUAAACAAGGCACUACACACAUCAGUGGUAGGUCUCCUGGUAGACAGUGUAGUAGAAAUGAUAGGGGAGAUAAACAAGGCACUACACAUCAGUGAUAUCGGAGAGGUGAUAGAAGACAACCUCCUCACUAGCUCUGAGCUGGAACAGCUACAACCUCCGGGGAAGAGUCCAAAUCCUCUGGAGACAUUUAAGCAUUGUAUACAGAGUCACCAGUGGCUGAACAACCCGACCUCAGCGAUAUUCGUUAAGAGACCGCUGAUGAGGUUGUGUGCCCAGUACCUGUAUGUUGAAAAGAGAGGAUAUGCACUCAAUCCUGUUGCCACGUUUCAUCUGAAGAAUGGCGCCGUGAUGUGGAGACUGAACUGGUUGGCCGAUGCCUCCAUGCGUGGACUCACUCAGUCGUGUGGUAUGAUGGUCAAUUACCGAUACUUCCUUGACACCACAGAUGAAAACAGUCAGCAAUAUCUGGACAACCACACAAUAGCUGCCUCGAAGCAGAUCAUAGACUUAGCAUCAGGUGUCACUCCACAACAAUAAAGUUUCACUUUUGUGGGCAGUGUAAUAGUGCGUUGGUGUCACGUGCAAGAACAUAGAUGUCUGCCAGGGAACUGAUUCACACAGUUCUGAGUGUAAAAUCAAAGAACAGGAGGUUUAAGUGCUACUGGUGACAUCAGCGUUUGACCGUAUUAGGAUAUUCAUCACUGCCAGGAAAUGUAGGGUGGAUCACGUCUCAUUGUCGUCAGACAUCAGAGAUUUGGAUGUCUCUGCAGUUCCAAGAAAAUAUGAAGACUGUUACCAUGGAUUCGGGAUGGAACAAUUGUUUGGAUAGUCAGCUGAAGAAGUAGGAUCAUGGAUUUUAGGAAAAUACCAUGAAGGAACAUGGCUGAGGACUCAAUUAACAUACAAGGUGUUUGAGAAAGGGAAUUUGGAGUAAGAGGACAUACUUCUUUUCAUUAUUCUAGAGUAUACUAGAAAUCAUGUUUACAGCUAUUUCUCAUCACUUUUUCUCUUGCAUGUUGUGCUUGAAUUAUUUUUUUUGAAAUUACAGAUGACCUGUUUCAAGUCUUGACAUAGAAUCUAAUGUUAUUGUAAAUCUUGGCCAAAAAGUUAUAAUGUUUAGUUAAAAACAAUUAAAAAUGAUCAGAUCAGAAUUUUUCUUGUUUCAAUUCAGUUUGUCCGUUAUUCAGUGAGUAAAGCAUAUCCAAUUAUACAGUUCUAUGUUUAAAAAUGAUUUUUAAAUAAAUAUUCUGUCCCCUUCUAUGUUCAUACGUAUAGGGGAAUUCAAAUGAAUAUAUAAUAAUGUUCUGUGUUAAUGUCCAACAUUUCUUCAAUUUACCCAGUGACCUUCCAGUGCCAAUAAAGAGGGAGAGAAAUAUAACUGAAAUGGAUUAUCUUAUGAUGUGUUUUGUGGCUGUUCCUUGGCAAUAGUAUUUGUUUUGUUUUUUUGUUGUCUCAGCAAUGUUCCAGCUAUAUCAUGGCAGUCUGUAAAUGACAAAUGAUCUAUGCAAUUGGGAUAUGAUGACAUGUAUCAACCAAGUCAGCGAGUCAGACCACCUGAUCCCGAUAGCCAAACGGCAUGUCUGUGGCAUCUUAGACAUUUGUAAUCCAAAAUUGUCUGUCCGUAAUCAUUCUGUUUCUGGAGCAUAACUCAAAAACUAUUUUUUAACAAGCAUUGGUACAUUUGUCAUUUACAGAUUUCUGUACUAUUUAUUUUUCUUGAUUUCCAUGGAAACAGUUGGACUAGUCUCAAAAGGGAGGGGUGGGCUUAGUUUCCGGAGCACGACUCGAAAACUGUUCAAUAUCUUUCUACAUUUAUAUUUUUCAUGAGUGCCAUGGAAACGAUUUGGACUUAGUCCCCAAAAAUCAAGUUGGACUUUAAGUAACUGUCAGAUGAUUUGUUCCUUCAAGUUUUGGGGGGCCGGGGGGAUUUUUCAUCUUCCUAGGAGUCAGAGGAUGACUCUUGUUAAGAUAGGCUGUCAUAUAUCAAAGGUCCAAGUUUCCAAAAGAUACAUGGAAGUUUAGGAUAUGUCCAGUAAAAUAGUGAUACAUAACUAUGAACUAUUUUCUUUGUGUACAUAGCUCUCAAAAGCUAUCUCAGCAGUACAAAAUUAUGGCAAGGACAAGUAGAAAUCCAAUGAUAGUAGUCCUCAUUGAAAUACAACAGGGUCCUACAAAUUAUCAGCCAUGAAAUUUAAGGCCUUUCAGGGCCUUUCUCAAGGCCUAACAGCAAUUUGAAGGCUCUAUAGAAACACAUAUAAGACAUGAGUAGUUGCAUAAACAUGAGGUAUGUCAAAUGUGGGACCGACCAUCUCAGCUACAUUGCUGUGCUCGGAAAGUUUUGCUUUGCAAUGGAGACUAAUUAGCAUAUAUUGUCAUUAAAGGGUAUUUGUUAUGUACAGUGGAAACCCUCUACAAUGGCAUGGGCUGGGACCGGCAAUAAAUGCCGGUAUAGCGGGCGUGCCGGUUUAGAGAACUUUCCCUUUUUAACCUGAGAUUGAUAUUCCGUGCACCAUCCUUAACCAUACUCCACCGUACUUAACCGUAAUCCACUGUGUUGUUGAUAUACGUUCCGCUAAUCUUCAAAUUCCAUCUUGACACGGCGAGCGACUGACAAAUUGUGAGACGCCAAUUAUUUAAUUGAUACAAGUGACGCGUGCCACUCACCAAUGUACAUCACCGACUUAUGCUUAACCACCAUACUUAACUGUAAUCCACUGUGUUGUUAAUACACCUUCAGCCAAUCAACAGGAGAGCCAAGAUAGAGGAUGCGGUUUUUGUCAAGCGUUAAUUACUGUACAAACAGUCAAUUAGGCGGUCUUUAUCGCGUGCGAAAAUCGGAAUAGACUGGCCUUAAAUUCUAGUGCCGAUAUUGAGAGCAUGCGGAUUGGAGGGAUGCGGUUUUCAGGGCUUCCACUGUAUAAGUCUCCUGUUAAAUCAUUACUUCCGAGUUUGGCUAAAUUUAGGGCCUUUUCAGGGCAAAUCAAUGGCUUUCAAGGCUUAAAGCGUAUUUUGGGGGCUUUUAGGACAAGACAUACAAAUUUAGAGGCUUUGAAGCAAUCCCUGUACAACAUUUGAGGGCUAUGAUUCUGAAACUGUUCUGAAUUCCUCAGGUUUACUAUAAAUUGGAACUGAAUAAAACUUGCAUGAUCUCU